CCUAUGAUAGAAGUUGAAGCCUUUAGAUUUCAAAUGGAGAAUAACUCUUAUGAAAAAAGAUAUAGGUACUCAAUUCAUAUCAGUAAAUUCUUGACUGAUAUUUGUGAUCACCUUGCAAUUCCUGAUGAAAUAUAA